UCCUCACACCCACCUCUGUGCCCUGAACCAGGCUCUCCACAUCUCCUUCCUCAGGGUAGAUCUGUUCCUUUUAUAUCAGGACCACAGGCACAGCUCCUUUCCUCCUUUCCCUGGGAAAGAGCUUUGGGUGGCAGGGCUGGAUUGUAUCUUGUUCUCCUUUCUUCUUGAGCAGCUUUGCAACUAGAGCAACAUGGGGAGCAUUUCAGGCUCACAUAUCUUUUAGUCAGCCUUGUGAAUCUCACCUUGUUUGCCUCCCCCUAGCCACAUGACUCUCCAGAUCCAAGGCAUCUGUGCCUUAGGUGCUACUUCUUCCUUUAGUUGACAUUUUCUUGGGCCUGCCUAUGCCAGGAAUUGCCGUGACCAACAUGGUCACUAAUUAUGUGGAUUAUGGGCUGCUUUUGCCAAACCUUUCUCUGAAAUUCUUUCUGUAGUAGUUUUGUUUACUGUGGGCCUUCAUGUGCUGAGUAUUCUGGGGUUCACAGGAGAUAACAGAAUGCUUGUAUAUUCCAGGUGCUGUGUAGUUACUCACCUUAGGGGUUAGGGUGAAUGGUACUUGGUGGUUCAUAGGAUCCAUAGGAAUGCAGCUACAGCAAGAUGGGGUGAGAGGGAACCUGGCCCUGAGGAGUAGCACCUGUUUGAGAUAUCCUAUCUGGCCUGUGUUCAAAUCAUACCAGAAGCCUAUUCUGACUAAUAUUUUGGUGAUAAUGAUAGCGGUGGCCAAACCCAUUACUGCCUUUCUUUCCCCAUUCUUGACACACUUUGUUGACUUGUUGAUUCUAUUGUUUGUCACUUCUACUCCUAUAUCCAGCCCAGUGUGAGUCCCACAUCUCACGGCUUCAUCUGUAGUGCUCCCCAGGAUUGCCUUCUGCACUUCGUGUUUUGAGGUGUGCACCCAUUUGUUAACAGUCCUUGAUGGCCAGCUGCUCAUUUGCUAUCACAUUUUCUUGGGCCCAGACAUACUUCAUAAUGCAUGUCAGAAGAUGAGAUCUGGCUGGGAGAUGUUCUAGAGGAGGAAGCCAUAGCCCCUGCCUCUUCCUGUGUGGCAUCCCAUGGGCUUCCUCUGUACUGGGAUUCUUAAGGGCCUGUUCUGCUAGGCCUCCUAAUCUUCAGCCUGAACUUGACUCCCUGACUCUGCAAACAGUUCCUGGACUCAGGUUGUUUGUGUGAAGCAGAAGGUGAGAAGACAAAUUCUCUGCUGACUGUUUCUGCACAAAGAAGGCCCAUUUCUCCUGAGAAGGCCUAUGCCUGUGAGAUAUGUGGACCAGUCUUGAGAGACAUUUUAUACUUGAUGGAGCACCAGCACUGUGGGCAGAAACAGUACAUGGAUGGGGCAUGUGGGAAACAAUUGCAGUUUACUGCAUAUCUUCAUCAGCACCAGAAGCAGCACACUGGGAAGAAAUUCUUCAGAAGUGAUGUGGGUAGAAACUUGUUUCUGAGCAGCUACAGAUUCGAGGUAUCUGAGAAACCCUUUCUCUGCAGAAAUGUUGGGAAGGACUUCCUGGUCAGGUCAAACUUUCUGCAGCAACAGGCCCCUCACAAUGAUGAGAAGUCAAGCAGCAGAACCAAGAGCACACUGGGCUUUCCUAGUGUAAAAAGUCACUACAGCUGGGGAGAGCAGAUGAAAACUUUGAGCUACAAACAGGCACUUGUUCCACAUCAGAGAAUCUUGAGUAAAGAAAGAUCUUACAUGUGCACUGAAUGUGGGAAAUCCUUUAGUACAAGCAGUAGCCUCAAUGAUCAUCUAAGAAUUCACACAUUAGAAAAGCCUUAUGAAUGUGGAGAAUGUGGGAAAUGCUAUAGGCAAAGCUCUAGCCUCAUUACACACCGAAGAGUCCACACUGGAAUAAAACUUCAUCAGUGUGAUGAAUGCGGAAAGUUAGUUAGUAGGAAGUAUGACCUCUUCAUCCAUCAAAGAGUUCACACUGGAGAAAGACCUUAUGGGUGCAGCAAAUGUGGGAAAUCAUUUAGGCAUAGCUCUAGCCUUGUUACACACCAGAGGAUUCACACUGGAACAAGGCCUUAUGAGUGUCGCAAAUGUGGGAAAUCCUUUACCCAUAGCUCCACACUCCUUCAACACCAAAGAGUUCACUCUGGAGAAAGGCCUUAUGAGUGCGGUGAAUGUGAGAAAUCCUUUAGCCAGAGCUCUAGCCUCAUUAGACAUCAGAGAAGUCACACAGGAGAAAGGCCUUAUGAGUGUGGGGAAUGUCAAAAAUCCUUUAGCCACCACUCUAGCCUCAUUAGACACCAAAGGAUUCAUACUGGAGAAAGGCCUUUUGAGUGUAAUCAGUGUGGGAAAUCCUUUAGCCAGAGCUCUAACCUCAAUGAUCACCAGAGAGUUCACAAUGGGGAAAGGCCUUAUGAGUGCAGUGAGUGUGGGAAGUCCUUUACCUUCACCACCAACCUCCUGAAACAUCAGAAUGUUCACAAGGAUAAAGGCCUUUCAGCAACACAAGUAGGGUCUUUUUUGGACUGAAACACAUCCUGUAAACUGGUCAAUCCAUAUACUCAUGUGACAAGUAAUUAAGUUUCAGUGAGAUCGUAAGGUUUGGGCCCUAAUCCAAACUGGUGGUGUUACGAGAGACACCAGAAGGUUCUUUGUGUGCAUAGUGGAAAGAUGACACAACAGAGCAAGAUGAUAUCUAGAAGUCAGGAAGAGAACCUUCACAGAGCUUGCCUCAGAAUCCCACUGUUCAGGACUGAUCAAAUACAUUUUCUUGUUUAAGCCACCCAAUCUGAUACCUUGUUAUGAAGUCUGAGCUAAUAUAGUUUGGUUUAUGCAUAGGUAGAAAUGGAUAAUGGUUGCUUUACACUUGAGGUGCCACAGUUAGGGGAGAAGGAACAUUUUCUCUGGGCAAAGGUGGGCAUUUUAUUACACUUUAUGUUGACUGUCAUUGUUGGGUUGUCAGAGGUGGAGUAUCAGACCCAAGCAGGUGUGUCAAACCUGUGCCCCCCCCUUUAACGGUAUAGUGAGUUUAUUCACAAUUAGGCAAAUUUGGGAGAGCAGGUAGUUGUCCCACUGGAAUGUAUAAAACACUACAAACAACGUACAAAACUUACUGAAGUGUGGAACAAAAGCCAGGAAAUGUGCAUUUGUAGAUUCAGGCAGGCUUUGACCACCAGUGGGCCCAGAAAUAUACUGGAAGUCUGGUUCUGUUGAAACUUCCUUGGUGCUAGGGCUGUGAUUUCCACUCUAUUUAAAAAUGUUAUAAUAAAAAAUUU